GUUUCUUGUCGUCGCUUUCGGUAAACUUGCCACCAAGGGCAGAUCUUCCAUACUUUUUUUAUUUUUAUUUUUUCUUUGAGAAAUCAGUUGGCGUCGUUCUCGGGUCACAAUUUAAUACAUCUUGACCUUGUAGGGUAGUUAUUUUCGAAAGCUUCUUUUGAUUACAACAACCAGGCUCCGUUGAGGAAGGCAUAAAACAAAAGAACAUAAAAGAACACCACCAUGGCUGACUUUUUCAAAAUCCUCGAGGCGCCGCUGACCAAGCCACCCCGCUCAUCGAGGACCAAACAACUCUCCCGGACGAUCCGCGACCAGAUCGAACUGGACCUCGCGGCGCUGUCCCUCCGCCGAGACGCCAUCAGCCGGACGGAGCUGCCGGGGACGUUUCGAGACCGCGACGCGGCGGCGCGCGAGUUCGGCCUCGCGCGCGACGGCUUCAUCCACAGCCUGUACCGGACCAAGCUGACGACGCGCAAGCUCGCCGCAAAGGGCGGAAGCGGAAGCGGCGCGGGGGGGAAGAAGCAGCAGCAGCAGCAGCAGCAGCACAAGACCGAGGCGCUGUCGGAUCUCAAGCGCGAGCUCGCGCUGCUCGAGGCGGCGCAGGACGAGCACCGCGCCCUCGAGGCCAGGCUCAGCAGGGCGAGGGUGAAGUACGCGGCGGCGGAGGAGGAGCUGGCCAGGACGCUGGCGGAGAGGGAGGCGCUGAGCCGGGAGAUUGCGCUCUGCACCUGCAUGCUCAAGGAGGUGGAGCGCUACGGGCUCAGCAGGGUCGUCGACGGCGGGCUUGGGUUGGAUGUCGGGGGCGGGCGGGUCAGCGAUGGGAGGGUGCGGGAGGGGCUGGUGGGUUAUGUCGAUUCUGUCCUCGGCGGCGAGGCGGUGCAUGCCGUCGGGUGGCUGUAG